AUGUUAUAAAUCAGAAGCGAGAGUAAGAAUGGUUACUGGAGAUAAUAUAUUAAACAACAGCAAUAGCAAAAGAAUGUGGAAUUCUAAAAUAUAGAGAAAUAGGUGAAUGGGAAGUUGUAGAAAGAAAGCAAUUUAGAGAAUUUGUAGGAGGAUUAAAAGAUGCAAAAGUAGAUGGAAAAACAGUGGAAGUAGUAGGAAACAAAGAGAACUUCGCUAGAGUAUGAAGAAAAAUGAAAGUAAUGACAAGAGCAUUACCAGAAGAUAAUAUAUAUUCUUGCUACUGGUUUAAUAGCUGAAAGAAAGUUAUUGCUGUAACUGGAGAUGUACUAAUGAUGCAGCUGCUCUAAAAAAAGCUAAUAUUAGAUUUAUGGAAAUUACAGGAUUUGAUGCUGCUGAUUUAGUUUGUUUUAAAUAAAUUCUUAUUAUAUUAUUUUUUAGAUGA